AUGCUUUACCUUACAAAUGAUCUCGGUCUACUCCCAUUCUUUCUUCCACUGGGUAUAGUCGGGUUCUACCGCUAUCUUUGGUACUUUAUUAAACUCAUGGCUUGGGCGAUUUACAAACCAGUCAGACCAAAACUCAACCCAACCUACAGACCAGAACAAGACGUAACAAUUAUCGUGCCCACAAUUGAUGCCGGAGAAGAAUUUAAGAUUGCUGCCAAGAGCUGGCUGGCAUGCGGACCUAAAGAAAUCAUCAUCAUUACUGAGACCAAGAUGCUUGGUCCACUGCAAGAGCUAGCCAAUGAAGUCGACCCCAUUCGGAUCCGAGUCUUGACAGUAUCAAAGGCUAACAAGCGGCUCCAGAUGGUAGCAGGUGUCAAUGCCACCACAACCGAAUUACUGGUGUUUGCAGACGACGAUGCGAUCUGGAAACCAACAAUGUUAGACUACAUCCUAGCCUGCUUCGAAGAUCUAAAGAUGGGAGGCGUGGGCACAUGCCAGACCGUACAUGCUGUUGACCCAAGUGGGUACCAGACCGUGUGGGAGGUACUGGCUGGGUUCCGUCUAAGUAUUCGCAACAUCGAAGUUGCUGCUUCCACCCAUCUUGACGGUGGCGUGUGUUGUUUGUCAGGACGCACGGCUGCCUACCGUACCUUGAUUCUCAAGGAUCCUGCCUUCCAGUAUGGCUUUCAGAACGAUCUCUGGCUCGGAAAAUACCCUCUCAAUUCAGGCGACGAUAAGUUUUUGACGCGCUGGAUGGUAACCCACGGCUGGAAUACGUUUGUCCAAGUGUGUCCAGAGGCAGAACUCUAUUCGACCUUCAAGAACAACUGGCGGUUCAUCAAGCAAGUCUUGCGAUGGACUCGAAAUACCUGGCGCUCUGAUUUUAGAUCUCUUUUCACGGAGCGAGUGAUCUGGCACAGACAUCCGUAUGUCGCAUUUACGAUGGUCGACAAGAUAUUCAAUCCCCUAACCCUUCUCUCUGGCCCUGUACUAGUUCUGAUCUUUGCGAUUAAGCAAAACACUCAGGUAGGGCACACAAAUGCACCUCUUCCUAUCUGGAACGUCCUCCUCUCCUACAUUACCUGGCUGCUCCUGACCCGCGGGCUCAAACUCCUGCCGCAUCUUAUCCAGCGACCAAGGGACGUCAUUCAUUUGCCGGCAUGGUUACUUUUCAAUUAUUAUUUUGCUGUCAUGAAAGUCUAUGCUCUUUUUACCCUUCAUGAAGUCGGAUGGGGAACCCGCGCCGGUGUCGGAACCACUCUUGCGGCAGACAUCACUAAAGAAGAUAACAAUAGGAUCAUGAAUGAUAAAAUGGAAGCAGCACCACCGCAUGUUGAACUUGAUGUCACACCUCUUGAAAGGGCACACACACGGCGAUUGUCUUAA